AUGCUACCUGAAGAUUGCUCCAGAAAAUCCCUAUCUAAGCUGUUCGAUUGCCUAUCACAGGAAAUUGAAAAAAAACAACCAAAAAAUGUUAUUCAUUUUAUGGUAGAUUUCUUAUGUAAAAAUUAUGCGUCUCAUUUGAGGGGAUUUGCCCAUGUCUGGGAUGUUGAUUUAGAACUGGAAAAGGAAAAAAAGCUCGUAACUGAGUUUUUUAAAAGCCAAAAAUUAACCACAGAAAUCGCUAAACAUUUCAUCAAUGUCGGAUUUGAUAGUAUGGAGACUCUGCUAUAUUUGAAUGCGAACAUAUUGGAUGACGUAGAAAAAUUUAACAAAGUGAAUUGGCUUCCAGGACAUAAAAUAAGAUUACAACAAAUGUUUUCAAACAUUCAGGAGAACAUCAAAACAUUUUACAAGGAAUAUGACAAGGACGAGAUAAAAUAUGGCUUCGAUUAUGAUGUAUUGCGACAACAAGCGAGGCCUAAGGUAUUAUUUCCUUUUUAG